AUGGCGACUGUGUCGGCCGAUGCCGCCCGUUGGAUCCGAUCGACGGACGCCGGCGGCGGCGGCUGCGGCCGCGGCGGCGGCGCACAGGCCGCGAACGCGGCGCUGCAAUCGAACGCGCCGCCACCGUUCCUAGCAAGGCACUGUACGACCAUCGUCGACGAUCCGGCCACGGACGCCGUCAUCUCGUGGGGCCCGCAGAACAACAGCUUCGUCGUCUGGAACGUCCCGGAGUUCUCCAGGGUUUUGCUGCCCAAGUUCUUCAAGCACAGCAAUUUCUCGAGUUUCGUGCGCCAGCUCAAUACCUAUGGUUUCAAGAAAGUUGAUCCAGAUAGAUGGGAAUUUGCUAAUGAGGGAUUCUUAAGAGGUCAAAAGCAUCUGCUCAGAAACAUCAAUAGGAGAAAACCCUCUCAGGCACACAGCCAAGAACAACAUCCUCAAGCACUGAAUAUGUCUUCUGCAGCGUGUGUUGAAGUUGGGAAAUUUGGGAUGGAAGGAGAGAUCGAGAUGCUCAAGAGAGACAAAAAUGUACUCAUGCAAGAACUGGUUAGGUUAAGGCAACAGCAGCAGGCUGCAGACAAUCAGCUCGACAUCUUGGGCAAGCGCCUCCAUGGAAUGGAACGCCGGCAACAAAUGAUGAUGUCAUUCUUGGCAAAAGCUAUGCAGAACCCUGGACUCUUUACCCAACUCAUGCAACAGAAUGAAAGCAACCGCCACAUUGCGGGAGUGAAGAAGCGUAGAUUGCCAAGGCAAGACAAAAGUGCUGCUCCUGAUGGGCAAAUAGUGAAGUAUGAACCAUUAAUGAACGGUUCCCCAUCAGCGAUGCUAGCUCAGAUGCUAAAGUUUGAUUCAUCUCCAAAGUUGGAUGAACCUAUGAAUAAUUUCCCUUCACAUGGAGGGAACUCUUUGGAUCAGAAUUCUGGAGUUACCCUUGGAGAAGUCCCUCAAAACUCAGGGGUACAUCCAUUUGUGCCGGCGACCUCUGCCUUUCCGAGUGCUUGUUCAUCUUCAGCUUCUUCUCAUGAGAUUCAGUCUGAAGCGGGCAUAACAGAUAUCACGAUUCAUGAUGCUUUGCAAGAUAUAGACAUGCUAUCCGAGGUUCCAGUGGCAAUUCCAUGUGAAUUUCCUGAGAUUCAUGAGCUUGUUCCUGAUGAGAGUAUUGCUGAUAUUCCCAUUGAUGGCAUGUAUCUCAACCAAAUCGCUGAGGAAGUGGAUGGUCCUAUGCCUAUGACGGGAACCAAUGAUGACCAAAAGUUUUCAGAAAUCAUGGAUUCUUUGUUGGAAGAGUUCAUUUCUAGUCCAUAAUCCGGGGAGACGAAUAGGAGACUCAUGAUUUCG